CUGGCCGCGGGUUCGGUACGAACGGACAACCGGUCUCUGACUGCUUCUAAUUUGCAUUUUUUAAAUUGUUUGAUAAAAUCACACGCGUGAAUUACUACCUCAUAAUGUUUGGUCUACGUGCGUGCGCCAGAAUUGGAACGCUCCUUCGUAAUGGUACCCACCAGCACCGUGCCAUCGCUAGCCUUUCGGCGCUGCCUGAUACACAUCAGAUGCUGCAGAAAACGUGCCGUGAUUUCGCCGAUAACGAGCUGGUCCCGAAUGCGGCCCGAUUUGAUCGGGAGCAUCUCUACCCGACGGAGCAGAUCCGCAAGAUGGGCGAACUGGGACUGAUGGCCGUUGCGGUGAAGGAAGAGUACGGUGGAACCGGGUUGGACUAUUUGGCGUAUGCCAUCGCAAUGGAGGAAAUAUCCCGCGGCUGUGCAUCGGCCGGUGUGGUGAUGUCGGUUAACAACUCGCUCUACCUCGGACCGUUAACACACUUUGGCAACGAGCAACAGAUGCAACAGUACGUGGUCGGCUACACAGACGGGGCCAAGGUGGGCUGCUUUGCCCUUUCCGAGCCGGGCAACGGAUCGGACGCCGGUGCGGCAUCAACGACCGCAACCCGGCAGGGCGACCACUGGUUGUUGAAUGGAACAAAGUGUUGGAUCACGAACGGCUAUGAAGCCGGGGCAGCGGUCGUUUUUGCGACCACCGAUAAGAGCCUCAAGCACAAGGGCAUCUCCGCUUUCAUUGUGCCGAAAGAUGCGGCCGGUUUUUCGCUCGGAAAAAAAGAAGACAAGCUCGGUAUCCGCGGCUCGUCGACCUGUUCUUUGAUCUUCGAAGAAUGUGCCAUUCCCGCCGCAAACUUGCUCGGUGAGCCGGGGUCAGGAUUUAAGAUCGCGAUGCAAACACUGGACGCGGGGCGCAUCGGGAUCGCCAGCCAGGCGCUCGGUAUUGCGCAAGCAUCGCUCGAGUGUGCCGUCGAUUACGCCGGAAAGCGGAUGGCGUUCGGAAAACCGAUCGCAAAACUACAGGCAAUACAAAGUAAGCUAGCCGAUAUGGCUACGCGAUUGGAAGCGGCCCGAUUGCUCACUUGGCGUGCGGCGUGGCUGAAGGACAACAAAAAACCGUUCACGAAGGAGGCAGCGCAAGCCAAAUUGGCCGCCUCAGAAGCGGCCACCUUCUGCUCGCAUCAGUCCAUCCAGAUACUGGGCGGUAUGGGGUACGUUUCGGAUAUGCCGGCCGAGCGACACUACCGGGACGCUAGGAUCACGGAGAUUUACGAGGGUACGUCCGAGAUCCAGCGGCUCGUUAUCGCCGGUGCCGUACUGAAAGAGUUGACGCGCUAACCUCGUCAUGAUGAAGAAAUGAAGAAUUUAUUUUUAAAUACAUUGUGUAACAUAAUUUUGGAAUUGUUAUAAACUUUAGACGGUUCAGUUU